ACAAAUUUCUUCAAGUGCAGCUAUUGUUCUUGAUUCCUAUCGUCGAAUUUCCAGCCGAUUCUCCUUUCGUUAACUUGCAAAGCAAUUUCUGAUGGCACCAAAAGCAGAGAAGAAGCCCGCCGAGAAGAAGCCGGCCUCCGACAAGGCGGCAGAGGAGAAGAAGACCGUAGCCGAGAAAGCCCCGGCGGAGAAGAAGCCAAAGGCCGGGAAGAAGCUGCCGAAGGAAGGCGGCGCCUCUGCCGGAGACAAGAAGAAGAAGAGGACGAAGAAGAGCGUAGAGACGUACAAGAUCUACAUCUUCAAGGUGCUGAAGCAAGUCCAUCCGGACAUCGGAAUUUCCAGCAAGGCCAUGGGAAUCAUGAACAGCUUCAUCAACGACAUCUUCGAGAAGCUGGCUCAGGAGUCAUCCAAGUUGGCUCGAUACAACAAGAAGCCCACCAUAACUUCCAGGGAGAUCCAGACCGCCGUUAGGCUUGUUCUUCCUGGCGAAUUGGCCAAGCACGCCGUUUCAGAAGGUACAAAGGCAGUGACGAAGUUCACGAGAGAGAAGAAACCCGCCGAGAAGAAGCCGGCCUCCGACAAGGCGGCGGAGGAGAAGAAGACCGUUGCCGAAAAGGCCCCGGCGGAGAAGAAGCCGAAGGCUGGGAAGAAGCUGCCGAAGGAAGGCGGCGCCUCUGCCGGAGACAAGAAGAAGAAGAGGACGAAGAAGAGUGUAGAGACGUACAAGAUCUACAUCUUCAAGGUGCUGAAGCAAGUCCAUCCGGACAUCGGAAUUUCCAGCAAGGCCAUGGGAAUCAUGAACAGCUUCAUCAACGACAUCUUCGAGAAGCUGGCUCAGGAGUCAUCUAAGUUGGCUCGCUACAACAAGAAGCCCACAAUAACUUCCAGGGAGAUCCAGACCGCCGUCAGGCUUGUUCUUCCCGGUGAGUUGGCCAAGCACGCUGUAUCCGAGGGCACGAAGGCGGUUACUAAGUUCACAAGUUCUUAAAUCCCCUCUUUGGUGAAGUUAGGGUUUUCUGAUAGGUUAUUUUAGGGGAAACAAGCUGAAAUGAAAUUAGGGUUAGGAGAAGCUCUGUUUGUUACUUAUUACGAUGUUGUUGUAUUUGUUUUACUUUGGAUUUGUCAAUUUCUCUCCAUAUAUAGAUGCUUAUGAUUUGUAAAUGCUUCUUUUAUGUGCCACUAAUGGAUGAAAUUUCGUUCACUUA